GGGGGCAAGGGGUGUGGAAGCAGACCAGCCGGACGGCAACACAGGUACCGCUGAAGGGGCCCAGGUGCCGCAACGGGCGGCAUGCGGAGGUGACGGGCCCCCGUCGCCGCCGCCAGUGAGGCCGGCCGGAGAUGGAGGCGACACGGCCCCUCCGCUCGCAGCCCCCUCCUCCACGGGCACAGGUGCCUCACCAGCUUCGACCUCGACCUCUGCCUCGACCUCUGCCUCGACCUCUGCCUCGACCUGUUCUUCCAUGCCGGUAACACCCAUCUCACUAUCCGUGUCGUCUUCCUCUCCCGGUUCCGCUUCCUCCCAUUCCGGCCCCGUCGCCGCCGCCGCCGCGGCAGCAGCCGCAGGAGGACAAGCUUGCGAUAUUGGGGAAGGAGGAGCAGGCGUUGCAUCAGCGACAGCAGCAGCGACAGCAGCAGCAGCAAGCGGCACGGAGGAUGGGGGGCAGGAGGGGCCCGAUGCUGGCGGCUCGCCGGAUGAGGCGGGUGGGCAGCAGCAGCAGCAGCGGCAGCAGCGGCAGCAGCGGCAGCAGCAGCAGCAGCAGCUGUCGGCGCAGAUCCUGCGGCGGUGCUACAAGCUGAUGUCCGCAGGCGCGGAGAGGAUGAUGCCCGACUUCGACUGGGACGAGGAGGACGCGCAGGACUGCAGCCGGAUGCUCGCCCUGGGUCGCCAGCUGCACCUGCCGCCCGGCCUGCUGACGAGGCUGGCGGCGGGCGGCCUGACGCCCCUGAUGCCGGCCGGGAGCAGCGGCGGCGGGGAGGACGGCCCCGGCAACCCCAGCAGCCCCGACACUGAGAGCAGCAGCAACAGCGGCUGCGGCGACGGCAGUAACGUGGACAAGAGCAGUAGCAGCAGCAGCAGCGGCAGCAGUGUUGGCAGCAGCAGCACUGUGAGCGUGGCAGAGCUGGAGGCGCUGGAAGCCACCAUACGGCGGCUGCGUGGGCAUGAUGGUGAUGGUGGCGGUGGCGGCGGUGGAUCUGGAUUUGGAUUUGGUUAUGGUGCGGGUGGCUUGGCGGGCAGCAGGUGGCAGCAGCUGUCAAGCACGCAGGAGGAGGUAUACGCCGACACGCUGCAGGAGCUGGCGUUGCGAUACUUCCUGGUGCGGCACUGCAUGGGGGACCAGGGGAGCAGCGGCGGCGGCGGUAGCAGCGGGGUCGGGGGCGGAGGCGGCGGCAGCAGCGGGGGUGGAGGCGGCGGCAGCAGCAGCAGCGGCAGCAGUGGCGGUCUGGGUAGCGGAGGCAGCCUGGUGGGCCGGCUGGCGGCUGUUGCAGCUGUGCGGAGGAGGGUGAUGCAGGGGCGACAGGGGCAGCAGGGCAGCGGAAGUAACGGCAACGGCAGCAGCAGCAGCAGUCAUCAGAACAAGGUUGGGAGGACUAACACCGCCGCCAACGACAGCAGCAGCAACAGCAGCAGCAGCAACGACAAUGAUAAGGAAGCCGCAGUGGGUGUGAGCCCACAAGGGCCGCAGCAGGAGGAGGAGGAGGAGGAGGAGGAGGAGGAGGAGGUGGUGUGCUGGGUGGACGCGGGGGGUGAGGCUGCGUUGCUGCAGGAGCGGGGGUGGUUGGGGUUGCUGACGCCGCAGCAGCAGGAGGAGGACCUGCCGACGCAGGUAACAGCGGCGCUAGCAGCAGCAAAGACAGCGCCAACCCCACCAUCAGCAGCAGCAGCAGCAGCAGGAGGGGCAGGAGCAGCGGCAGCAGGAGGGGCAGGGGCAGCUCCUUUACGUCUGCUGCCGCUGACACUCCGCGACGUGCGCAUCGGGACCCGGUGGGCGGAGCGGGCUCACGCUGCGGGCCUGCUGGCAGCGCAGGUGCUGCUGGAGGAUGCUUUGGAGGAGAAGGAGGAGGGGCGAGGCGGGGCGGGGGGCGGCUGGGGCAGCAGCGGCGGUAACGCCUUAGCGGGGAUCUCGGGGGCGUCGCUGCGGGGUCUACGGCUCGCGGGGUUGCUGCUAUGGGAUGAUGAUGACACGGAGGGAGCAGGAGGAGGAGCAGGAAGAGGGAGUGGCAUGCAGGGAGCGGGAGCGGGGGCAGCAGCGGCGGUGCCUUUCGGACGCGAGGAGUCGGGUCUUGAGGCCACUGCCGCUGCUGCCGGCGUUCCCGAGAAUGGCCUUCGAGCUGUGCAGUUGAUGAGGUUUGGGGAGCUAUGUUUGCUGGCUCAGGCCACCCUGUCGCGGCAACUCUCGGAACCCAUCGUCCUUGCGAAACUGCCAAACGCGGCAGCGGAAGUGUUCAUGCGGAUGUGGUGGGUGCGAUCCGGCCGCCGAGCCACCAAAUCGGACCCUGAGGUGGAGGCCCUGUGGUUGCGGUCGCAGCGGGGGAUGCUACGCGAAACGGUGCAUGCGGAUUUCUUGCGGUAUGCUGAGGAGGGGCUGGAUGAUGAUGAAAGGGAAAUCGUACUGGCUGCUCAGGGUGCUCUCACUGGGGCCUUACGUGCGUUUAGCUUACUCCAUGGGAACCGGGAAGUCCAAGGGGUGCGAGGGACGUUCGUACGCGCGGUCAUGAGGGCAGCGGCGGCGGCGGCGGAAGCGCGUCAGGUGGCGCUGGCGGCGGCGACGAGCAGUGUCGGCCGUACGGUGCCGCCGCCGGUCCCAUUGGAGGUACGACCGUUGUCGCUGCAACCGCCGCCGCCGCCAGCAACGGCGGCGGAGGGGGAGGAGGAAGACGGCGGCUACGAUUGCACUGCUCCGUACAUGAUGCUCGUACGGCAACGUAGGGCGAAUCCGGCGAUGUGUCUGUUCGACUCGGCCGACCCACGGGUCACCGCUGCGCUGCUGCACCUGGCGGCCUGGAGGACGUAUGUGGAGUGCGGCAGCACCAGCGUGGCUGACUCAUUCCUGGUGGCCGCCUUACCAGUCAUUCGACCUGAUCUCUCCUACGACGAACGCCGGGACGCCUUCCGCGGCGCCCCCGGCUCGCCGCCCCACCUGCUGCUGUGCCUGCGUGGCAGGGAGAAGGACCCCUUGCCCCGCACGCCGGCACUGGUGCUGCAAGGCGGCGAAUGCUUCGACCAGGUCUACAACGCCGCCCUGGCCCUGCUGAACCAGAGAAGCAAGGGCUCGCUGUCGCGCCAGACCCUGCGCCCCUUCGCCUCCCCCUCCCCCUCCUGCGUGCUGCUGCUGGAGCUGCAGGGCAGUGCAGCCUGCCACACAGCUCUAGCAGCACUGGCGCUGGCCCACCAGUUCGUACACGCAAACCGUGCCCCGGCUCCCUCCACCACCUCCACCACCUCCACCACCUCCACCACCUCCACCUCCACCUCCACCUCCACCUCCACCUCCACCUCCACCUCCACCUCCACCUCCACCUCCACCUCCACCUCCACCUCCACCUCCACCUCCACCUCCACCUCCACCUCCACCUCCACCUCCACCUCCACCUCCACCUCCACCUCCACCUCCACCUCCUCCACCACUUCCUCCACCCCCUCCACCUCCUCCUCCUGCCAAGGCCCCCGGUCCCGGCUGGAGUGCCGCGUCCUGCUGCCCGACACCUCCAUCAGGUCCGUCAUCGCCACCGCCAAGCACCCCGCCACGCGGGCCCUGGUGGGUGCGCUGCGGGACGCCGCACGUGACCCACGGGUCGCUUUCCACCGCGGCGGGUCCGGCAGGCGGCAGCUUGAGGGGCUGUUGGGGCGGUGGGGGGAUGCGGCGGAGUGGGAGGGGCUGCCGGUGAGGGUGGCGGUGAGCUGGGGCAUGGUGUUUGGCGCGGGGGGUAGGGUGUGAAACGGAGAACAAUGCGAGGUGUGUAGGGAGGUAAAGAGGAAACAACUAACUGACUGAGGGAUAAGGCGUCAACAUGGGUUGCAACAUGUGAGCCAGCCCGAGGUGUAGGGAGGGGCGUGGGGGAAGGGGGUGGAUGUCGUGGGAUGUGCGGAUGUGUGUGUCCGGAGGUAUGUUGGGCGGGAAGUCGGCUAGUAGUACCGGUAUGAGGGUGUGUGCCGUUUAGAGGUAGAGGACGUGGGUUGGUGAGGAGGUGCAGCAGGGGGACAGCGACGUAAUCGUGGGUAGUCACGCACAAGGAGGGGUAGUCACACCCCAAGGCAGGCAGCUUUCAGGUGGCAGGCGGGUUACGAGGUAGUAGAGGUCUUGCAUCAGGGAUGUGUGCGUGCAACUUCCAUAUUGCUGCUGCACUGCAUUGCUUGGGCUGGAAGGGCCGGCGAAGGGGCGGCGCGGGUUAGGCAGGUAAAGGGGCGGUAUAAGGCCAGUAUAAAUGAGGCGAGCCGAGCAAGGCAGGCUGGCAGUGCAGGAUAAGCAGGGUGUUCAAUAGCCUGUUACAGGCAUUGUGCAACUUCAUAUCAGGAGCCAUACGUGUGCUGUAUGAUGGUGCAUGCGAGGAGACGGUGACAGAGCAGCCGUGACAUUAGCGCAGCCGUGAUUGAAUGUAGGGGUCUGUCAUCGGCGCAAGUAGAGGUAUGUAUUACAUUGUAGGGUAGGCAUGUGUCCCUCACAAAUGGUUUGUGCCAUAAAGGGUUCUGCACGGCUUCCGCAAUGUGUCUGUAUACGCGUGUUAGGAUUGCAUUCCGGCGUUACACAUUAUGAUUAUGGCACUUUGUGUGCUUUGUGGCAUUGUCGACCGGAGACUCUUAUACAAACUGUAUGAUGACGUGCACGGCGUGCUGUUUAUCUUGAAAUGGUGUCCCAGCGACGGUGUAAAGUCGGAGAAUUGGGUCGCGACGACUCGGCUACCUCGAGCCUAAUAAUUC